GAGGUGGAAUCAAAUUCCACCCAGUCCUCCAGUCUCGACUAGUGGGGACGUUGAGAGAAGCUGUUCGGCAAAAAUGCAGCUGUUCAAGGUUUCAAUCAUUUUCGUUUUGUCUGCCGGAACCUCCGUCGCGAUUGGGAAAGAGGAAGGCCAUUCCGAUUCUCUCGAAGCGUUACGAUUCGUUCAAGCAAUCCAAGGUCAAGUUCCCUCCCAGUGGUUGGAAACUCCCACACAUUGGCGAAAUUUGGCAAAGGAGGCCAUCCUCUCAAAAGAACGGCAAGGUCCACUUGAGGCGGUUGCAAAAAAUGGGAUUUUCUUUAUCGGCGAUGGUAUGGGAUUAACUUCAGUGUCUGCCGCUAGGGUUUUUAAGGGACAGAGAGAUGACGGGGCAAGAUUCGGGGAGGAAUCCUCCCUCCACAUGGAGACAUUUCCUUACUCUGGACUCUCAAAGACGUACUGCUUGGACACUCAAGUAGCAGACAGUUCAUGCUCCGCGACGGCGUACUUAUGCGGGAUUAAGGCUCGCUUUGCCACAGCAGGGUUGACACCGGGGGUCUUAUUUGCGGAUUGUCGAGGCCAAAACAAUACGGACCUUCAUGUCUCAUCUAUAGUGGAAUGGGCUCAAAGGGAAGGGAAAUCCACCGGGGUCGUCACAUCCGGUCGUGUCACUGCCAUUCCUGGCGCCGCCAAUUGGGCCGGUAUUGCGCGACGAAGUUGGGAAACUGACGCAGAUGUUGCAGAAUGGGGUAUGAAUCCUGAAGUUUGUCCGGAUACUGGGAUCCAAUUAUUGAGAAAGGAAGCUGGCCAGAGGCUAAACGUACUGCUGGGCGGGGGUCGGCAUAGAUUAACGCCAGUGGAGAAAAUCGACCAGGAAACAAAUUCACCUGGUAAGAGGACAGAUGGAAGAAACAUUGCGGAAGAAUGGCUCGUCAUGAAGGAAGGGCAAACCGGGACGGCGAGAUAUAUUACGGGACGAGAUGAACUGAUGGGGUUAAAUGUGUUAGAGGUUGAUCAUCUCCUGGGAUCCUUUGCAAUGUCGGAACUACCUUGGAGUGACGAACUGGAGAGAAAUAAUGACCCCACGAUGACGGAAAUGGUAGCAGUUGCGAUUAAAAUAUUAAACAAAAAUCCGAAUGGGUUUUUCCUUUUUGUUCACGGCAGCAAGAUUGAUAGCGCGCAUCACUCCAAUAGACCAGGUCGCGCGCUGCGGGAAAUUGUAGAAUUUGACAAAGCCGUCAAAACAGGGGAUGAAAUGACGGACGAUCAAGAUACAUUGAUCGUUGUCAGUGCAGAUCAUUCCCACACGAUGGGAUAUUCCGGCUAUAACGUGAGGGGCAAUCCCAUCUUACGUCACUCCAUUAUUCCCGCGGACGAUGGGUUUGUUUUCUCCACACUGAACUAUGCUAACGGUCCAGGCCCCGCGUGGACAAAUCCGGACACGGGGCUCAGGCACAACGUUCUGUUGGAUAACACAACUAAUCCCAACUACGAACUGCCGGUUCCAGUGCCGCUAUUUUCCGAAGCGCAUUCGUCAGAGGACGUCCCAAUUUUUGCAAAAGGACCGUAUGCUCAUUACUUUGCGGGGGUGCAGGAACAAAGCUCGAUACCACAUUUGAUAGCGUAUGCUCUGUGUGUGGGGGAUGGUUUAAAAAAUAGGCAUUGCAUUCCGAGCGAUGAGACCACUACAGAAAAUUUGGACCCAACCACAACGCCGUCUUCUGCGCCAGCCCAUGGUUUGGUUUAUUAUCUUGUUUUAUUAACAAUAUUCACGAUCUUCCAUGGACGCGGAUAAUUCAAGGAGAUCAAUUAUUGUUCAUGUUUUUGCGAAAAUAAAAAUACAAGUUUGCAAGCACUAACACGAAA